GGGACAAGUGACAUAAAGCGCUUGCCAAUAGGCAUAAUUUCCAAAAGAUUCAUACUCCCUAGCCCUAAAAAUCACAUUUGGCAAAGGUUUUUUUGGCGCUGCAGUGUCUCUCGUGGGUAAUAUGAUGUUGGGUUGGAGAUUAUCUCCUGACAUCCAUCUGUGAAUAGCUUCUCUGGAGUGUUUUAUCACGGGGACUAGCAUCAUGUGGGCAGCAGCGGCGCGUAAAAGCGCGUUCAUGUCCAGCGCAGGUCGCACUUCACAUUGUGAAUGAAGGGAUUUUACGCGCUCUGGUCACAUCCCAGUCUGUCCGCGCAACAGGUUGCAUUGCGUUUCACAAUACAAGCGCCUACAUUGUUACAACGAGGAUCAUCAUGUCACAUAGAGAUUAUUCGUGAAUUUAUUGCAAAGUAAUUUGAAAGAAGAAAAAAAGAUAAAAUGCACUUAUUCCAGAUUUUCGUGCUAAAAAAUUUCGUUAUGCCAUAGGUAGCCUACAUUUAUGAGGACAUUGUCACAUGUAAAUCUGUACAGAUAUUGUGUGUUAGAAGAUGCGCGUCCCCUGGAUAAACCUGUUCUGGAGGGAGUGACUUGAUUCACGCGCCGUCCAAUUAUCUGGUAGCUGCAUUUAUCCGCCGCUACAGAGCCGUCUAGUCAUCCGCAAACAGGCGUGAACCGACGUUAAAGCUAAUAAUGCUCCACUGAAUAUUUUAUCUGAAGAAGAAGAAAAAAAAACGUUGCCACGAAAUUUUGGUUUGGGAAGCGGCGUCUUUAUUAUUAAAAGACGCGGGCACCAUUUACGCGACACUAUUUUUAGGGCGCUCGCGUAGCGAUAGUGGUUGCGCUCGUAUGAGAAACCGGUUGCAAAUCUGCAGGAAAACAGCAAGGCAGAGCUCCAGACAAACGGAAAGUGUGGCCAGACUCCAGAGGAAGUCCAUUGAUUUCGCCCUCCUCGAUGAGAUAGAUUUGCGAGCUCUACCCGGCGCGUCUGUCAGAGCGAUCAACAGUUGGUGCGAGCGCGCGAUUAAAGGGACUUUACAUGUGAAAGACUGAGAUUUGGCACAGUGGUCCAGUGAUGGGUGUGUGAUUUCAGCACCUCUGCCCUAUGGACACCCGCUCGCAUGUGAAUUGUGUAGUAAUAUGGAAGACAGACUGUUGCAUGUCGUGAUGCAUCGGAUGCAUUUGCGCGUUUAGUGUUUUAUAGCAGACUAUAGAUACAAUGACCAGUCUGUUCACGGCUCUCGGCGCUUUUGCUUUUAUUCGCGUAUUGCAUUUGGCGUAAAAGACUACAGACAGAUACAUACAGACCCGUCCAUCCAUCCUUUUCGGAUUUAAGGGCGCUUUUUGUUUUUUUUUACCCGCUGUUGACCUUGCCUGAAGCUCUGAAGCAGCAUGUUAAUGAUGGAGAGCACUGGAUUAGACGCGCAUCAGGUUGAACUGGAAGCCGACUAUGAACCACACUGCCGUCCGAGGUCGUGCACCUGGCCGCUACCGUGCCCGGAGGAGGAGAACCGAGCGUUGCCCGUAGCGUCCGUGAAAGUGGAGCCGCGCAACGUGCCGGCGUGUCGGAGCGGAGGGGCGCCGACGGAGUUCAAGCAUCCAGCCGGCGCCCCUGCCCCUAUCGCGGCCGCCCCUGCUUGCAUGUCCGGCGCGGCGCUGGAUGUGGCCGGGCAGCUGCGUAAAUCCAAGUCGUCCAGACGGAACGCGUGGGGUAACCAGUCGUACGCGGAUCUGAUCACGCGUGCCAUUGAGAGCACCCCAGAAAAAAGGCUGACCUUAUCACAGAUAUAUGACUGGAUGGUGCGAUUCGUGCCAUAUUUCAAGGAUAAAGGAGACAGUAACAGCUCUGCCGGUUGGAAGAACUCUAUCAGACACAACCUUUCCUUACACACCCGUUUCAUCCGUGUGCAAAAUGAGGGAACAGGAAAAAGUUCCUGGUGGAUGCUAAACCCUGAGGGCGGGAAAAUGGGCAAAGGUCCCCGUCGACGAGCUGUUUCCAUGGACAAUGGCACCAAGUACUUGAAGAGCCGAGGCCGAGUGAGUCGAAAGAGAGCAGGAGCUGUGGGAAUGGGCAGAGAGCUUGGAGGGCCUGGAAUACAGGGAUCACCAGAACAUGGAAGCCCAGCUGGUAAGGGGGCACUGGGAGUCGGGAGCGAAGAGUAUGACGCGUGGACAGACCUCCACUCCAGAACUAGUUCAUCUGCAUCGACGUUAAGUGGAUGUCUAUCGCCUAUUCUGGCUGAGGCAGAGCCUGAUGAGCCAGAGGAAGGAGGGCUCUCCUGCUCAGCUUCCCCAAGACUUUACCCUAGCCCCACUAGCACUAGAUCUCCAGCCCUGGGAACAGGGGGACACUGUCCAUCUGUCGAGCUCCCGCACUUAGCCGAUUUAACGGGAGCCAUCAGCUUGGACGAAGGUUACUCCCAGCCUUUGCCAGUCAAGCGCAAUGGCUACCACUAUGGCCCUGGGCCCAAGGCAGAGACGUCCUAUUGUGGAACCGUCUACGGGCAACCAUCUAUGGGUAUGCUUAGGCAUCAUACGCCUAUGCAGACCAUUCAGGAAAACAAGCCUACCAGCUUCCAGCGUGCCCUUAGAGCAUACUCAGAGAACAAUGCCCUCGAAAGUCUGCUUACUGGUGGGCCACAGUAUUGUGGUAAGGACAUGAUUGUGGGGCAAACAGGAGCAUCCCAUUCACUUCUGUCACAAUCUAACAGUGCCGUGCACUCUCAUGGCCACAAUCAGAGUCACAAUCACAGCCAGAAUCACAAUCAUAAUCAUGAGCAUGGCCACAAUCCCAGUCAAAGUCUUCACAACGGCCAUGGAGUAUCGCACGAGCCAAACCCAAGCCAUCACCACAAUCCCAAUCCAGCUCAUAAUAAGCAUCAUCCGGGUCUCGACUACAGUCACGGCCACAAGCACCACCGUGGCCACGACUAUGUUCAGUCUCAUGAGCACAAACUCAAUGCUAGUCCCAAUCACAUGCACAAUCACAUGCAACACAGCAACUCCAGACAAACAGACCUUUCUCCCAGGGUCAGCAAUGACAUGUUACAACCCUACAAUCACAAAUCACAAAGCCUUUAUGGCUCACGUGCUCACCUCCCUUCCACCGCCCUGCCUCCUAACCCUGCCAGUGUCUUGGAUGUACCCCAGGACCCCUGUCGCCUGGCCUCAGCAUCCCACCCUCGCCAUCAAUCCUACCCGGGUGCCCACCUUCUCCAGGGGAUGACAGAACCCUGGCACGGGUAUUACCACCACCCAUCGCAGAAUCCCAAUUACCAUGGCAACCAUCAAGCUAACCCUCACCAGGAUCCUCACAGCCGGUUGCAGUCUGAGCUUGAAAUGGAAGUGCACCAGAGCAGUCUGGAUUGCGAUGUAGAAUCGAUUCUCCUGAAUGACUUGAUGGACUCGACAGAGGGAAUGGACUUUAACUUUGAUGGGUCGUUGUCGCAGGGGGUUGGCAUGGGUAUGGGUUUGGGGAUGGGAAUGGGGGCAUUUGUAGGAUCUCAACAAUCACACAACAGCCAGAGCUGGGUUCCUGGGUGAGCUAAAUGCAGGCAAACCUUCAACCGUACUGCCUUCUGAAGGGCAGCAGGUCAAGUUGGGGACGGAAACUAACAAUUUGACCAAGAUUCCCUUUUGUUGAUGUCAGAUUCUGGAUAGUUAUCUACUUAAAAUGAAAACGAUUCCCUCCCCUCUUCCUCCGAAUCCAUUUCCCCCGCUGUGGAAUAAUGUCAUAGCGCCCUAAGAGUCCUUUUUGUGGUUCACGUCCUUCGGUUUGUGGUCGAUUCGUCAACUCCGUCUCUUUCUGGGCACAGGCUCAGAAGCACUUUACAUCUGUCGCCAUCCAUUCCGACGCUGUAACGACCACCCCGCGACCCGGGAGGAAUCGCAUUGUCUGCUGGCCUGGGUUUAAUGUAUGCAAACGACUUUGUUAUCCUUCCUGAACAAAAAAGUAAAUAAAUAAUUAAGCGUUGGUGUUGUUUUGCUAAACAUGAGUACAGGAUUGAGCAGUCGCUAUAGCUGUCUGAGUGUCUGUGCCGUCAUUCGCGUUUUCGUCAGUGUGUGAGUGUGUGUGUGCGAUUGUGAGUGUGGAGCUGCUUUUUUUUGCUAAAUGUGCGCACCUCCUCCUAUGGAGGUCUAUUGGAUGUCCCUUUAUUGUGGGCCAGGACAGUCAUCCAUCAGCCACACUCUAUUGAUAUUCAGCAUAUCCUUUUUAAUCUCCAAAGUAAUGCACCAGCUAUGCAUCACUGUUGCAAAUAGAAUGUGAUGCUCAGAGUACGCAGGGCUGUUUUUCCCCCGGACACACAACGGCUUAAUGUGUUUUGGCGAAAGUGAUGAUUAAAGUCACUCUCUGCAGUAAGUGGGGGAGCUGGGGGAGGCGGAGAUGGAGAGAUAGAGGGGGAAAGGAGAAAUGCAAAUAUAUUCUCACUAUGCCCCUUCCUCUCCAUUCCGUGAAUUUCUAAAGCUUUUCCUGUAAUGAAAUAAGGAACGAUCUAACACAACACCACAUCCUGUGCGUGGCUUUUUCCUGGUUCACCUCGGCCUAACUUCUCCGUGUCAGCAGCCAACGCGCUGGCUUCAUUUUGGCUACAUUAUCCCCCUCCCCACGUAGUGUUACUUUAGGUAAUCAAUGUUGAUUGAUUGAAUUUGAAGCCUUCCCUGAUAGCAAUAAGCUCCGGGACGGAUCCGCAACGGAUCCAGACCGGAGCUGUCGGCUUCGGAGCAGAUCCAUUGCAGAUCCGUUCCGGAGCCUAUUGCUAUCAGGGUUGUCUGACCCCAUUAACUGUGUGUUAAUUUAAUACAGAGCUGGAAUUUGGAAAUUUAUCCUUAAUGACUUAACAUUGCAUCAACUUUACUAAAUAACUAUUCGAUGCUGGUUCUCCCUCAAGGUUACAAAGGGAAGUCGUCUUAUAUCCGGCUAUAGAGCUUUACGGAUUGAUUAUAUUCCACCAGCUUAUGUGUCCUACACUGCUGAAGUUCUUACUGAAACAUUUCUUCUCGUUGCAAACAUUUCCCUUUCGUAACGCCUUUAUUCAGUGAUCACACAGCCUCCAGUGAUUAAGUUAAGGUGUGUAGUUUUCAUUCUGAAUGCAACACAACACCAAGGGUUCAAAGGAAAGACUGCUGUUGUAAUUAUGACUUUGUGAGGUUGGAGGAAACAUACAGUGUAUUUCCUAAAUGUCUUAUCCUAUUUGAGCCACUAGAUAUGCAAGAGAAACAUGGAAAAAGAUUGAAGUCAUUACAAAUACAGCUACAAACUGAUACUACAUAAAUAGAAAUGAAUUAUAUACUGUAUAUGUGCCCAAAAAAAGGUCCAACCGCACGUAAGAAAUGAGACUCAUCUAACAGUGCCUAAAAUACUGAUACAUACUGAUUUUCAGAUGGUGAAAGAAUGAUAUUUCAUAAGUUUAAUGCCUCCAAGCACAAUACUAGAUAUAUUCAAGAGUCACUUUAUGAAUAGCAGGGUAAAAUCACCUUCCAUCAUCAAAUCAAAUCUUUAUAUAAGAUUCAAGAGUGCAGAUUCUUCAUUGUUAAAGAGAAAUUUUUUCCUCCAACAUUUCAGAAAAAAAAUAAACAGCGUCUUAUGUCCUUGUUGUUCCUGUAAUUUUGCCCACUCUUUGUGUACCAUUGUAUCUUGCGUUUGUCUACUAUGAUUUGUGUUUUAGUGCAAUUUUCCACCUCAUAUUGGGAAAAAAGAUGCCGUCUUUUACGGACACACGACUUGAAGCGAACCUUUAUGUUCUGCUUAAAAUUUGAUGAAGAUAAACGAAGGUGGUUACAGAAGCGAAUGAGUUGAAAAGGACGACAUUGUGUUGCUUGAAAGAAAAAGCCCUCACAUAUAGAGUUUGAAAGAGAGUGUGAAAGAAAGAAAAAGAGAGAGAGGGAGUCUGUCAGAGUAGCUUUUCCUCAGCAGAGCUGAAUCAGGCCAAAUGUCAAGUGGCUCUCCACAGUGUUUCUCACACAGCCCGAUCAGAUAGCCAUCCCUCUUUCACACUGUUUCUCUUUCCUGCCAAGGACAGUAAGCCCCAUCCUGAUCCGAUUCUCCCUUUCAUUUCUUUAUGUUUUUUCUGGAGGUGUCCAGGAAUCUGUUGUGAUCCAGUGGUAAUACUGAUUGCUGGCCCACACCUACUUAUGUGCUCCACUUUAUGUGUGUGCGUGCGUGUGUGUGCGCGUGUGUGUGUAGCACAGUGACGUACCUGAUGUGAGUUUUAAAAUUCAUUGAAAUCGUGCCCUGGUAUUUACUACGCCUGGCCUAUCAAUAAUAUAAUAUACACAGUUUAUAUUUAUUGGGUAUAAAGAUGGGUUUGUGGGUGAUGAUAUGGAGCUCUUGUAUUUCGUUCAUCUUUAUGACAAGACCAUGAUUCUAUUACAGUUCAUUUCUGUUUCAUGCUGUACAAAAAUCUGUAUUGAGAAAAUUGUAUAAUAUUUUUGACAAAUAUCGGUUUUAUUUCCUUUUUCUAAAUGAUGUAUCUGCUCAUCUUGUGGCCUGUAAAAUAAAACAAAACAGAACUUGA